AGAAGUAUGUAUGCAAAUCUUCUUCCGUUCAAUUUUUUCUUCGGGAAUCCACUUCCUUGUUCGUACAAGAGAUGGUAGAAGGUUCUGACUUUUCGUUCUCGGUUUCCUGAUCCGGCAUUGGAGGGAGCAGCUUUGUUUUGUAAAUCUCCCAGCCGCUCUCUCACUCUUUGGUUUGUCAAUCAGUUCAUUGCCUGAGUCAACAUGGAAACUGGUGAAAUGACUGAUAUCUCAAAUCAUGAAGAGAGAUUUGAUGAAUCAGUACAAGGUCUAAGGGAAGAUGCUGCAACAAAAUCAAACCAAGUUGUUAAUGGGAACCCAGAGUUGGAUAGUUCUGAUGUUAAUUUUGGGAAGCAUAAUGAUGUUCAUGAUGGAAUUGAAAUCUACGGGGGAACCUAUGACCAACUAACACAAAUAGUCAUGGAGUUGAGUCUUCAAAAUGAUUAUUUGAAAGCUCAGAUAGAAGGCGCAAAAUCUCAGGCCUUAAGAUCUGUUGAGGUUGCUAAGCCAGACAAUGGAAGUAAAGAUGAAGAGGCUUCUAAGAUAAUUAGACACCUUCAAGAGAGGGUAAACAGCUUGAACAAGGAAAUUCAGGGGCAAAGAGAGACACAAAAGGCAGCAGAAAAUGCUUUGGAACAUCUCAGGGCAGAGUAUUCUGAGGCUGAUGGGAAAGUUAAAGAGCUUUCCUUAAAACUUAUCGAAGCUCAGCAACUUAUGGAACGGGAAAUAAAAGAACGUGAUGAGAAGCACUUUGAACUAGAUUCCAAAUUUGGAAGGCUUCACAAGCGCGCGAAGCAAAAAAUUCAAGAACUUCAAAAGGAAAAAGAUGACCUUGAAGCUCGUCUCCAUGAUAUCAAUGCGAAGGCUGAACAAACAUCAUCUCAGCAAAUAGCAGCACAGCAAGAAGUGGAACGGACUCGCCAACAAGCAAAUGAAGCAUUGCGUUCAAUGGACGCUGAAAGGCAACAAUUACGUGCAACGAAUAACAAACUUAGAGACAAUGUUGAUGAAUUGCUUCGCUCGUUAGAAGCUAAGGAAAGCACUUUAGAGGGUCUGCAGCAAUCUCUCUUGGAUAAAGAGCAGGCUCUUGCAGAAACUCAGAGAGCAUUGCAAGCCUUAGAGGAAAAACAACAAUUGUUGAUUUUGGAUCUCUCUGCUAAACACCAGAAGCAAGUAGGAGGCCUAGAAGCACAACUAGCUGAUGCUCUAAUUGAAAGAAGCAAAACAGCUGAAACAAUAGCUUCCCUCCAGGGGAAAGAGAAAGAUUCAAAAAUUUCGGAGAUGGAAGCUGCUUCAUCUGAUGAAGCUGCAUGUCUUGGAGCUGCCUUGGAGGAGGCAAAAGGGGAGCUUGUUCAACUCAAAGAUAAGCAUGAGAAGGAAAGGUUGGAUUUGGAAGCUGGAAUCCAAGCUCUGAGAGCUAAGUUGGAGGCAUCUGAGAGCACCUUACUACGGUCUGAGUUUGAAGCUGCUAAAAUGAGAAGUCAGCUGGAAUUUGAAUCGUCCAUGCAAAAGCAAUUGCUGAAUACUAGAGAAACUGAACUUGUGACCGCCAAAGAUGAGAUAAGCCGUUUAGAUAAGGAAUUUUCUGCUUAUAAAGUGCGUGCUCAUGCUCUGCUCCAGAAGAAGGAUAAUGAAAUAGCUGCCGCCAAGAACGCUGAGCAGUUGAAAGCUCAGGAGGAAGCAAUCAAAGAAGCUAAAAAAGAAUUAGCAACUGCAUUAGAAAAAAGGGAUAGCGCCAUUAAAGAACUUCAAGAAGCAUUGGACAAUCAUAGUAAAGAAAGCACUGCGAGAGAUGCUGCUCUUAGGGGUGCCGAAAACCAGAUAAGAAUAAUUACUAUGAAGCUUAGUUCAGCUGCGGCGCAUCACCAGGUAGAGAGAGAAACUUGGCAAAAGAACCUUGAGAGUGUAGAAGAAAGCUGGAGAGUAAAAUAUGCUGCGCUAGAAAUUGCCAAACCUGAUCACACUGGGAGUGAUGCGCUGAGGGAACUGGAAGAGCUUAAGCUGCAAUAUAAGAAACUCAAGGAAGAGCAUGAAACUUUCUGUGAUAUUGCUGAAACAACAGUUGAAAAGAAAGAUGCGGAGAUUUUAAAACUUGUAGAGGAUAUCAAAAAUCUUUCCAAUGCAUUGGAAUCAAGGCCAAAAGUUGACCAAAAUGUCAGUCCAGAUUCAGCUUUUAUGAAGCAGGAUGAACAUAUUUUAAGUGUAGCUGCGGCAGAACAACAGAUUCUGCUGCUUGCUAGACAGCAAGCUCAGAGAGAAGAAGAACUUGCACAGUCACAAAGGCACAUCUUGGCUCUUCAGGAAGAGAUUGAAGAGCUGGAGCGAGAAAAUCAUUUGCACAAACAACAGGAGGCAAUGUUGAAGGAAGAGAUUCGUAUUGUGGAGAGAUCAAAGAAACGUGAUGGAGUAGAUAUGACAUAUCUUAAAAAUGUCAUACUAAAACUUCUUGAGACAGGUGAAGUAGAAGCAUUGCUGCCUGUGAUUGGAAUGCUUCUACAAUUCAGUCCUGAUGAGAUAAGGAAGUGCCAACAAGCAUACCGUUCAAACGUCGUUGCUUCAAGCCCAUCAGCUUCUGUGGAAUCCACACCACGCUCACUCUUUUCAAGAUUCUCCUUCACAGGAUGAUAUCAAUCAAAUCCUAUCAGUCUGGUACCAGUACAAUAUGAUUUAAUCCAUGUACACUGUUCAUUUUUGAUAAUUUUUUUUUACAGCUAGCGGGCAUAUAACCUUUUUAUAUGGGAUAUAUUUUCAAUUAACAUUUAUGUACAGUUGUUUCACGUUCAUUUGGGAUGGAAAGUUGAGAUAAACUUGUGAUGAUCUUCCAGUUUUGAACUUGGUAUCUGCUUUUAUGUGGAGACAGUUGAUGAGCAAAAAAAAAAAAAUUUG